UCUGUAGGCAAGCCUUGGGCACAAGGGACAUUUCCCCGACCUACCAAGUUGUUGUUUCUGCUAGCUCAAGCAGCCGACUCGGUGUCACGUCACGACUCACGACACGACACGAUUCGACGCUAAGCACCGAGCACCUCAGAUUCCUCUUUCCCGCGCUCCUCCUCCUCCGGUAGCUCACCCUGCCAAACCGACCCCAGUCAGUCCAGCGCAGCCGAGCACGAUGAAGCAGCGGAGAGCACGCGAGACCCGCCGAUUAAAAACGGCGACUUCGACUCCCCCCCGCUCCUCCGCUCCCGCCUCCCCCCCUUCCUCCGCCAUCCCCUUUCCGCCCGGCCUCACGAGCCUCGCGCUCUUCUCCACUCCUCGUCGUCGCAAGGAUCCCCUCGCCGAUGCCGGCCAAUCAAAGCGCCGGAGCGCACGGCAGCGCGCCUCUGGAGAGUGCCGCUUCGCCGCGCUUAUGGCGACGAACCUCGUUAUAGCGGCGGGCUCCUCCGCGCUCGCGACGGCCCUCGAUACAAUGCCACAGUGGGGGCCAUACCUCUCUGCAUGGCUCGCUUCCCUCUCCUCCACCUCCCUUCGCCCUGGAUUAUUCCUCUUCGCCUUAGGAGGCGGCUAUCUCGGUCUUAACUCCCUAAACGACCCCCCGGUUAUCUCCGCUACCUCUUAUUCCUAUUCGCCUUGGACUAUUUCCGCUCCCGUGUCGCCCCUCAAGCUAUCGGCUGAUGGGCUCGAUUAUGAGUCGGUCGGCGUCCGCGACGCGCUUUCCUCUGGCGCCAUGGGGUUAGGAGGCGCCGCGACGAAUUUCCAUGGCUUCGUGAAUUUCAACUUCGUCGUCGCGAUGGCGGCGCUGCUGAGCGCGUCGGGGCUGUGCUGCGCCGCGCUGCUCACGCACGGGCUGGGCGGGCGAAUGAGGUACCGCCACCUGGCGUGGAUGUUCUGGCAGCCGUUCGUCGGCGGACUGCGCUUCGUUCUCAUACAGGCCAUGGCGUGGACGCUCUUCUCCUUGUCGCUGCUCAUCUUCUCGUCCGUGGCGGUGGUGGCGGCGUUCGUGGGGCACACCACGCUGGGCUACGGGCUGCUGGCGUCGGCGGGCGCCACGGGCCUCGCCUCCGAGUUCCUGCUCAUGGCGUCGCUGCUCGCCUUCGAGUCCCCCUCCUCGCGCGCCGCCGCUGCCGCUGCCGCUGCCGCAGCAAAGCCAGCAGCAGCAGCAGCAGCAGCAGCAGCAGCAGCAGGGAGGGAUGUGGAUGAGUGCUCCGGCAGUGCCGUCAGCAGCACCGCAGCCACUACUGCCCUUCUCCCUCCUACUCCUGCUCCCCCUGCUCCUCCUGCUCUUGCUCCUGCUUGUGCAAGAGUACCGGCAGCAGCAGCAGCAGCAGCCGUUGCUCCUUCCGUGACGGAAAUGGCAUGCACUGGGGGGGGUAGCGUGCAGGGCACAGUGGCAGGCGUGGCUUGGCGCGCAGUGGCGGUGCGGCCGCCGCAUUGGACGGAGAGAGAGCUCUUUGUGGCCACGAGGGGGCCCAGGGAGGUAGCUGGAGCGGCAAUGAUGAGAGUUAAGGAUGCUCUAGUGGGGCGUGUAGGGGGAGGAGGCUUGGGGGAAGGGCGGGACUUACUGGGAAAGGCAGGAGGGGAGGCGGAGAGUGAUAGGGAGGAUGCAGGAGUGAGACACGGUGGUGGUGGCAGUGAUAGUGGGUCUUCAGUGACGGCUUCAACUGACACUAGUUUCAACAUGAGUAGAAGCAGCAGCAGCAGCGGCAGCAGCAGCAGCACUGGUAGCAGCAGCAGCGGCAGCAGCAGCAGCACUGGUAGCAGCAGCAGCGGCAGCAGCAGCAUCAGUGGUGGUGUGUGCGAUUCAGCUAUCAGUAGCAGCGGCGGUACAACGCAACAGCCACUGAGUGUGCGUGAGAUGGUGUGGUGGGCGGCAGUGAGGGCGCGGAGCACGGUGAUGGUGUCGGGCCUGUACUGCUGGCAGUACUACGUCAUCGCCGCUCUCCUCACCCCCCUGCUGCUGCGCGCCCUGCUGCCCGCGCACCACUGCAGCACCGCCCAUCAGCAGCACCAGAUCAACAACACCAACAGCAGUCUCACUCACAGCUCUGGAGACAGUUAUGGGUUCAGUGCGUUUAGCUACGGCGAGGUGGUGUGUGCGCUGCGCGCGGCCAGUGCAGCGGUGCUGACAGCCAUGGCAUGGGUCUUUGCCUACUGUGCGAUAUGCCCGGGGGGGUACGAGCGGUCGGGGCGAGGCGAGCGCAAGUGGAUCCAGAACAUAGUGAUGCCACUAUUGGAGGAGGCAGCGGCAGCAUACUUUCAUGGGAUCAGCAUUGUGAAGGAGGGUGCAUUCGGGCCUAUGGAAGGCGCAGGGGAGAGUAGGGAGCAGCAAGGGGGGAACAAGGAGGAGGAGGUGGAGGAGCAGGGAGAGAGUGGAGGGAGUGGAACGGAGUCUGCAGAGGGCCAGGGCAGUGAGGUCACUGCAGCGACUUCUUCCCGCCCACUCAUAUUCACCUACCAUCCGCACGGGCUGAUGCCAGCAGUGAUGGCGUGGUUUCCCCUGUCGUCUGCCUUCCGCGCGCACUUCCCCGCCAUCCGCCCCAUCCCCCUGGUGGCGUCCGUGUGCUUCCGCAUCCCCCUCGCGCGCACCUACUGCCUGUGGGGCGGCCUCCGGGAGGUGUCGCGGGAGGGCUUCCUCACGGCCCUCAAGGACACGGGGGCGGCCGUGCUCUGCCCUGGGGGACAGUCGGAGCUGACGUACCACGCCACGAACCAGUCGUCGUCCAUCGUGCUGUGUGCGCGCAAGAUCGGCUUUGUGCGCAUCGCCCUGCAGACCAACGCACUGCUCGUGCCCACCAUCUGCUUCGGCGAGCCGCACUCCUUCGACAACCUCUUUCAUUGGCCCACCCUGCAGCGGUUUACUUAUAGGAGAUUUGGCUUCCCGAUUCCCUUUUGGCCUGUUGGGUUGUUUGGUUUCCUUCCUCUCCCUCGCGCUUGCCCUAUGACCUUGGUGGUGGGCCGACCAUUUGAUCCUCGGUCUCUCAUUCCCACAAAUAACGAGGAGCCAUCAUACGAAGACCUGUGCACGAUCAGGGAUUAUUAUUAUGGCGAGGUCAAGGCUCUCUUUGACCGGCACAAGGCUAUCCAUGGUUUUUCACACCUGACCUUGGAGCUGCGGAAGUAGUUUCGAAAAAGCCCAUUUAGGUUUGUGAACUGUAUGUAUUGAAUUGUAUUAUGUCAAAGUUUUGGAGAAUUUGUUGUACAGCUGAUAUGCCAUUAAGC